GAGAACCACCGAGGAGCCAUGGGCGCCGGGAGCUCCAGCGAGCAGCGCAGCCCGGAGCCGCCGCAGGCUGGGGACGCCACGCCGGCGGAGCCCGAGGCCAGCCGCGGCAGCCCCUCCGCCGAGGCGGCGCCCAGCACAGCCGGGGACCCCGCCAUCACUGCUGCAGACCCCGCCGGCAAGCUCCUGCAGAAGAAUGGUCAGCUGUCCACUCUCAAUGGCUCAGCAGAACAAGGCGAGCUCGGCCUCGAGGAGGGAGCCCUGAAUGGCCAGGAAGAAGAGCCAGUGGUCCUCACAGAGGUUGGACAGAGAGAGUCUGAAGAUGUGAGUGAGAGAGACUCGGCUAAAGAAAUGGCUGCAGACUCGGCGGUUGUUGGAGACAUCACCAAGGAUGGGCAGGAGGACAUGCCUGAGAUCAUCGAACAGAUCCCUUCUUCGGAGAGCAAUCUGGAAGAGCUCGCACAGCCUACUGAGUCCCAGGCUAACGAUGUUGGCUUUAAGAAAGUGUUCAAGUUUGUCGGCUUCAAAUUCACCGUGAAAAAGGAUAAGACCGAGAAAUCUGACACCGUCCAGUUGAUCACUGUCAAAAAAGAUGAAGGGGAUGGCGCAGGAGGGUCCAUUGGGGCUGGCGACCACCAGGAGCCCAGCGGCGAGACUGGGGAAGCGGCGUCCAGAGAGAGCGAACUGAAGCAGUCCACGGAGAAGCCGGAGGACGGCCCCGUGCAGGAGCAGAGCGACACGGGCACUUCGCUGCCUGCCGAGGCUGGCCAAGCGGCGGAGGAGGGCAGAGAUGAAGAAGGAGACGAAAAGCGAGAGAAAGAGCCCAGCAAGUCCCCAGAGUCUCCCAGCAGCCCCGUGGCCAGCGAGACAGCGUCACCCUUCAGGAAAUUCUUCACCCAAGGCUGGGCCGGCUGGCGCAAGAAGACCAGCUUCAGGAAGCCCAAGGACGAGGAGCCGGAGGCCGCCGAGAAGAAAAAGGACCAAGAGCCGGAAAAGGGAGACGCGGAGGGACACGGACACACGGAGGGCGGCGCCGAGAAAGCCUCGCCGGCCUCCGAGCAGCCGCCCGCCCAGGAGCCCGAGGCCGCGGGCAGCGUGGCCGAGGCCAGACUGUCGGCCGAGUACGAGAAGGUCGAGCUGCCCCUGGCAGAGCAGGGGCCCGGCGACCGAGCCGCUCCGCUGGCGACCGAAGUGUUUGAUGAGAAGGACGAAGUCUUUCAGGAGGUCGUUGCCGAAGUCCACGUCAGCAGCGUGGAGAGGCCGCCGGAGGAGCCAGAGGCCGCGCGCCACGAGGCCACGGAGGCCCUGCCGCCUGCAAGAUCGCCCGAGACGAGCGCCGGAGCUGACGCGGCCGAAGCUGCUGAGGAGCCCCCGGAAGCGUUGGUUUCUAGCGCGGACCAGACGCAGCCGCCGGAACCAAGUCCUGAGGAGAAAGUGCUCGCAAAGGCCCCCGAAGGCAUCCUCAGCGAGGCGGACGCGCUGGCCUCCCAGGAGAGGGCCAAGGUGCAAGGGAGCCCUCUGAAGAAACUGUUUACCAGCACUGGCUUGAAGAAGCUCUCCGGAAAGCGACAGAAAGGGAAGCGGGCGGGAGACGAAGAGUCCGGGGAACACAGCCAGGCUCCCGCCGAGUCCCCCGAUAGUGCCGACGAGCAGCGGGGCGAGAGCUCUGCUUCCUCGCCCGACGAGCCGGAGGAGAUCAUUUGUGUGGAGAAAGGGAUGGCGGAAGGACACCAGGAAGGGGACGCUGAAGAAGGAGCCGCUUCCGACGGAGAGAAGAAGAGAGAAGGUGUUACUCCCUGGGCUUCCUUCAAAAAGAUGGUGACGCCCAAGAAACGCGUCCGGAGGCCUUCUGAAAGUGACAAAGAGGACGAGCUGGACAAGGUCAAGAGCGCCACCUUGUCUUCCACAGAAAGCGCGGCCUCCGAAAUUCAAGAAGAAGUCAGGGCAACAGGGGAAGAGCCCAAGCCAGAAGAGCCCAAGCGCAAGGUGGACACUUCAGUCUCUUGGGAAGCUUUAAUUUGUGUGGGAUCGUCCAAGAAAAGAGCAAGAAAAGCAUCGUCUUCUGAUGAGGAAGGGGGACCCAAAACGAUGGGUGGAGACAGCCAGAAAGCAGAGGAGGCCGGGAAAGACAAAGAAGCAGGGUCAGAUGCCAUCCUCACGGGUUCCCAAGAACGUGAUCAAGGGCCAGGGAGCUCCUCACCUGAGCCAGCUGGAAGCCCCUCUGAAGGGGAGGGUGUUUCCACCUGGGAGUCAUUUAAAAGAUUAGUCACCGCCAGGAAAAAAUCGAAGACAAAAAUGGAAGAGAAAAAUGAGGACUCUGCUCCAGAACAUUCAGUCUCAGAUGUUGAACCUGGGAAAGAAGAAUCUUGGGUUUCGAUUAAGAAAUUUAUUCCUGGACGAAGAAAGAAAAGGCCAGAUGGGAAACAUGAACAGGCUACUGCUGAAGAUGCAGGGCCAGCAGACGCCAACGAAGAUGACCCUGAUGUCCCAGCCGUUGUGCCUCUGUCUGAGUAUGAUGCCGUGGAAAGGGAGAAAAUGGAAGCACAGCAAGCCCAGACAAGCCCAGAGAAGGCUGAGCCAAUGGCUGUUGCUGUGUCCCAGGAGCUCAGUAAGAGUCAGGUUCAUACAAUAAUGGUUACUAGCGUGGAAGAAAGGUCUCCUUCUUGGAUAUCCACUUCAGUGACAGGACCUCUUGAACCAGCAGAAGAGGAAGCCACAGCACCCAUGGGGGAGGAGUUGGGAAAAGAAGUCACAGCAGAAGAAAGCCCUGAGGUUCCCAAAGCUGUACCAGAGAGUCCAGAUGCCUGCGAUGACACAGUUGUUGGUGCCAGGGAAUUAACUCCGGGAGCUGUGGUGGCAGUGGAAACUGCUGAGAUGUUUGCUGCCGAAGAAACCACCGAAGCAUCUGGUGCUGAAGAGACCACUGAAAUGGUGUCAGCAGUUUCCCAACUGACUGACUCCCCCAACACCACAGAGGAAGCCACCCCUGUUCAGGAGGUAGAAGGUGCCGGGCUGGACAUAGAAGAUCAAGAGAGGCGGACUCAUGCAGUUCUACGAGCAGUUGCAGAAAAAGUGAAAGAGGAAUCACAGCUCCCAGACACCAGUGGCCCAGAGGACACAGUUCCCACCUUGCAGAAAGUAGCAUCAAAAGCACUAGAGAAGGUGGAAGAAGCAGAGGAGGACUCUGUGCAGGUGGAUCUGAAGAAAGAGAUACAUGUAGACUUGGAAGGACACGUACAAGAAACUACAACAGGUCAUUUUGUUCAUGGCGAGGUGAUUGUGCAGACCACCACUGAAAGCUUCGGAGAAGGUCCUCAAGUCAUAGAGAGUAUAGGGUCUAGUGAGCUGCUUAGAAGCACUUGUCAAGCUGAAAUCUUAGCUGAGGAAAAAAACCAGGAAAUUAUAGUGGAGCAGGCUGUUCCCCCUGACCCCACUGAAACCCUUACAGACAGUGAGACCAAUGGAAACACCCCUGUGGCGGAUUCUGAAACUCUAGAUAUGAUACAGCAAGUUGGGGUCAUGGAGCUCCAUGAGGUCACAACUGGCACCCAAUCACAGAUCAUAGAAGCAGAGGCCGAGUCUGUACAGAAAGAGAGCCCUCCAGCACCAUCUACUCUUCAGUCCCAGGAAGAAAAUAAAGAACAAACAAAAAUGGAAGAAGUUCUAGAACAUUCAGAGGAAGAACCAUCAGUGGAAACUGCACCCAUUCUGUCCCAGACUGAGGCAACACAAGAGGCCUGCCAGUUUGCUGAUGAAAUGAAAGACAAAGGAAGUGAGGUGUCUGCAGACAUGGAUUUAACAGUUGGGCAGGAAAAGGCAACAGAAGUCCCCUUCAAAGAAGAAGUAGUUAAAGAAGCAGAGUGUCCAAAUGAUGCUAAUCUUGAACGCAAGGGUCAUGAUAAGACUGUUCCAAGUCCAGAGGAGAGAGAGAUGAAAUUUGAAGUAGAAAGUGAGGAAAGUGAAGCAAAGCCAACCCAGGUGAGUGAAGAGAGACUUGACCAAAAGACAGCUGUUCCCACGUCCACAGAGCUCACCAAGCAGCUGGUUCAGACAGAUGAGGUGACCGUCACAGAUACAGAAAAGGAAGUGAGUUUAGAAGAAAGUCCUGCUUGCCUAGAGCAAGAGGAGGUAGGAUGUGUAGAAGUUCAAGUUCAAAGCUCUGAGGCAUCAUUACCUCUUACAGCUGUAGCAGUGGAGGAGAAGGUCUUAGGUGAAACUGUCAAGAUUUUAGAAACAGGUGAGACUUUGGUGUCUGCAGGUGCACAUUUAGUACCAGAAGAGAAAUCCUCUGAAAAAGAUGACUUGAUGACUCAGCCAGGAGAAGAUGCUGUGUCCCCAGUGCCUGAUGCUCAGGUAGAGUCGAUACCAGUGAUGGUAGGUGCUGGUGCUGAAGAAGAUGCAAGUUCUGAGCCAGGAGACAAAACCACAUCACAGAAGUGGACAUCAGAGGAAGAUGGUGAGCAGGCCGCUUGUGAGGAUGUCAAAGUGAGUGCAGCGCAAGAGGAAGGGGUGAAGGCUGAAAAUGAGAUUUUGGAACUUGAGAGUGAGAGCAGUAAACUUGUCCAAAACAUCAUUCAGACAGCUGUGGACCAGUUUGUACGCACAGAAGACACAGCCACUGACAUGUUGACAUCCGACUUGCAGACAGAGGUGCACCAGGUGACAGUUGACAGCCAGGCAGCUGGACAGAAACCAGAGAAGGCAGGCAGUGACCAUCAGGUGUGUGCACAGGAAGAAACACUUGUUCUUGAAGCCAAAGAGGAGUCAGAACUCAGUGCAGUGGGACAGGUGCAUGCAGAUCCCUGCAGAGAUGCCAGUGCAGCUUCAGAGACCAUCCUGACCGGUGAGGUAGACAGUUCCAGUGUCAGUGACCAGCAGCUUGAAGAGGAGAUUCUCACAUCCAAGGAAGAGGAGGGCAGCACCACAGCACUGUCUGUACCAGAAGAAGAGGGUCAAGCUAUGUUAGGAGAAAGAACAGAGAAGUCGCAACUUGAGUCCAAAGAAGGCGAAAAAGGUGAUGCUGUCUGUGACCCAGAGAACCAGAGCUCAGCAGUGGCACACACAGAUGCCACAGAAGGCUUAACCAAAGAGUCCUCGGAUACAAAUGGACCAAAACUCAAAGAGAUGGAAGGUACCCAGGAAAUAGAGUUUCAGGAAGGAAGAGUGCAUAGUGAGUCAGACAAGGAGCGUAAAGCCCAAAUGCAGGAGGAGACACAGAAACAGGAGAUAGAGCCAGCGAAGUCCGAACUUGCAGAAUCCCAGAACAUCGUCUAAGCUCGGUGUGUACUCCCAAGAGCAGACUGUGAAGAUGGCUGGUGGAAGAAAAGGAGUGCUGCUGCUGCUGCUGAGACUCAAGACCAGUGUUGGAGACAGCGAGCUGGGAGAGCAGCCCAUCCUCUGCUCUCGCUUCGGGAGAGCCCGCGACAAUCCUGAGGCCGCAUCAGGAGCUCCAGCCUUUUAACAUUUCCUUUUUUCAAGACCCUCCUGUUAUUUUACCUUGUUACCAUAUAAUGUUUCUGAUUUAAGGUCCUAAAUUCCUAACCUGGAACUGGAGUUGGCAAUACCUAGUUCUGCUUCUCAAACUGGAUUAUCAUUCUUUGUGUGCGUGUAUGUUUUAUGUAACCCUCCUUCUGUAUCUAGUGUAUAUUUUUUUUCUUAACGUUUAAGGAAAUGUGCAGGACAGUACAAGCCUUUUCUACCACCCAGUAGGUGAUGGGGCAUGCACCCAUAGUGAAACCUCGGGAAGCUUCGAGCCUCAGUUAUAACAUGUGAAAAACAGAGCUUCCUACAAGUAACAUUCCUGAUCAGCAGGUGCAAUUCUUAUUUUAAAAAAAAUCCACUAUUGAUUAUUAGAUCUAUGCUUAGUAAUACUCUGAAAUUGGUCACUUUCCUAUUAUGCACAGUGGGCUAAAAAUAAAAAGCAUUUUGAAGCGUGCAGAAUGUUCCAUUGUUACUGUGAAAUUUUUCUUUCUAGUCCAGCAGAAUUUGGAAAGAAACUUUUUUCAGUGGUGGAUUAACGUCUUUUCUCCUAAUUGUAAUGGCUGUUCGGACAGAUGAGUGGGCUAAAUUCCUAAGGCAGAGUCGUGAGAUGUUUUUCAUGUGGUGAAGAAAAGAACUGAUUGUAAGCUUUUGGUUUUAAAACUCUCACAUGCUGGGCCACAUUCACACACAGAGAGGAAUAAGUCCAGUUCUUUAUAAAUGGUAUUUUGAUAGAUACUGGAUUGUGUCUGUGCCAUAGUUGUACCCCUUCUUUAAGAACAAUGUUGCAUUAUUAUGUUCAUUUGAAUAAAUUGUCAUUUGACAACUGGUUUAAAUAAAAUAUUUGUUUCA